AGCUAUUUGGGAAUAUUUUUGGAGAUGUUUCAAAGCGUGAAAUGGAUUUUUGUUAUUGGAAGCAGGCAAUUGUCGAGUUUUUUAAGGCAUAUCUCUAAAGUGAAGCAAUUAUGGCAGAGAUGGAAUCUCAGGAGCCUUAUCCUCUUUAGCAUUGUGGUUCAGUUUUUUUUGCUUUUUGCUGCACCCUUGAGAAAGAAAACGGCAAACAAAGCAGUAAUCAUGAUCAUCUGGGCAGCUUACCUGAUUGCUGACUGGGCUGCUAGCUUUGCUGUUGGGCUAGUCUUUGACAGUGAAGAGAAAUAUACUGCCUCUGGUGCCAUUAAUAAUACUGCUAGUUAUUUGGUGAUGAUGAACCAGGGUGUCGUUAGUACCAUCGGGUCCAGGAGCAGGGAUGAUACUGGUCUUCUUCUGGUGAUGUGGACACCUUUUCUUUUGUUACUGGUUGGUGGCCAAGACAGAAUAACUUCUUUUGCUAUUGAGGAUAAUGAGUUGUGGCUUAGGCACUUGAUUUGGCUCUUCCUCCAAAUCUUCACCACUGGUUUUGUGUUUUAUCAAUCAUUUCAUCUAAACACACUAUGGAUCCCCACAAUCUUUCUCCUCCUUGCUGGAACAAUCAAGUAUGCGGAGCGAAUAGCUGCAUUGUAUCUUGCAAGUUCGGAUAGUUUUGGGACCUCUGUUCUUGGAGAACCUGACCCUGGGCCUAACUAUGAGAGACUGAUGAGUGCAUUCACACAUUAUAAAGGGAACAAUCUUCCUAUAAAAAUGGAGUAUGUCCACGACCUAGAAUCCCAGGCUAAUGAAAAUACCAUAGCCGAUGUUAGAAAAUUGGAUCCUCAUGAACUGGUGCAGCGUGCUCAUCACUUCGCAUAUAUUUACAAGGGACUCAUAGUCAAUCUCAUGUUCAGCUCCCGUGAGCAUACGGAGAGUCGAGAAUUCUUCACUAAAAGACGUCCAAAACAAACAUUGAAAAUAUUAGAAAUCCAGCUCAACUACUUUUAUGAUCUUCUCCAUACCAAGGUACUGGUGGCAACGUCCAACAUUGGAAAAAUAUCUCGGGGUAUAUCCACUGGGUUAGUUGUUGCAGCCUUUUCACUUUUCUUCUUAGAAGAGAAGGGCACUUUCAAGACGGAGUUUGAUGUCGUUGUGACCUACACCUUGUUCGUUGGUGUUUUAGCCCUGGAUAUGGUAACUCUCUUCAUAUGGUUUUACUCUGAUUGGACUGUUGAUUAUCUUAAAAAGCUCGACAAAGAUUCCCUCACAUUCAAAAUCAUCAAGAAGCUCCUCUUUCUCAAGAAGGAGAAACGCAAGAAAGUUUCUCCCCUCCGAUCCAAAAUCAUCAAAUUCCUCUUUCCCAAGCGGCAAAGGCAGGAGCAACCACGGAGAAUAAAAAAAGUAGGUUCUAAAAGGUGGUCUGAAGAUCUAUCUCAAUUCAACUUCCUUGAUUACUGUUUUCGACGAAGGUCACGAAGCAGAAGUAAAACCAUCGGCGAGAUCAUCAGCAAAAUAGACCUUGUGAUGAAAUAUGUGACUUCUCACCAUUUUGAUCCGCACCUAUGGAAAUUUAUCUUCGACGAGCUGUCAGAGAAAUCUUACUUUGCGGAUGAUCCGGAAGAGGCCAAGAGAAUAAGCUCAGCUAGAGGUGAAUGGAUUCUUGAGAGUGGUGACUUCAAUUACAGUCUUAUCUCAAGUAAGUUAAUGCAUUAUGUCAAAAAUGUUGCUUAUGAUGAAAGCCUUCUACUGUGGCACAUUGCUACUGAACUCUGCUACAACAAUACUGAACAACACAGUCACCCGCCUUUCGUUUAUCCUUUGGAUUGUAAAUAUUGUGAUGCUAAUUGCUACAACAAGCGCAUCGUCAUGGCUGAAAAAUUCUUGGACAAUGCUGAUCUACACAGUCGCAUGCCUUCGCGUUGUGACCAUUGUGAUGCUCGUGAAAUCAGUAAGCGCCUCUCAGAUUACAUGUUUUAUCUAUUAUAUCAGCAACAAGGUAUGAUGUCCGAAGUGUCAGGAAUUUCAAAACAAAGGUUCAAGGACACCAGUUCUGAAGCGCAACGAUUCUUUAGCGAAUAUGGAGGAAAAGAUCUGCAGCAAGGCUGUAUAAAUAUUCUUGAGGUGAACACAUCCGUAAAACCUGUUUAUGUGAAGGGAGAUCGAUCGAAGUCUGUACUGUUUGAUGCGUGCAUGUUGGCAAAAGAGAUUCAAGAUUUGGGACCAGAGAUUAAAUGGAAGGUAACAAGUCAAGUAUGGGUGGAAUUUUUGUCAUAUGCUGCGAGUCGUAGCAGAGCAAAAGCCCAUGUCCAACAACUAAGUAAGGGCGGUGAGCUUAUUACUUUUGUUUGGCUUUUGAUGGCACAGUUAGGCUUGAAAGAGCAUGCCUGGGUUGAGACCCGUACCAGAGCAAAGCUGAAUCUUAAUAAAUGA